UCAGAUUUCUCCGUUUCCCUUCACAGAUCCGAGCUCAGUGAUUACUGAGCGCUUGGAAGAUUGGGACGAUUUCAAGCUAUUGCAGUUGACGGAAUUCUACCGCGACCGACUGGAACAGGCGAUGGAAAGAGGGGUGCACGGGGUCAGCUCGGCGUUAACAUUUCACAAUCAAUUCAGUGGACGAGAACAUCUGAGAGUCACUGAUCUUGUUGAUCGGGGAGAACAGGCCGAAAGUUCCAAUCUUCUCCUGAAUCUGGUGAUGGAGAGAGGACCCCAGGCGCAGAGAGUGAUGUGGGAAUCCUUUCUGAAAAUGCGGAAUGCUGUCCCAAAGUUGGAUAAAUUACUGAAAGAAAUACAGGUACAAGGUACUGUUCCUUAUGAUCGAGUGAAAUUCCCGCAAGAUUUAACCACUGUACCCGGUUUACUAAAAGAUGUUCAACAGAAACACAACGAGUCUCUGCGAGCACAGACUGAAAAGCUGAGAGUGAACACCAUCCUGAUGAAGGGGAAGGUUAAGGUUUUCCAGCUGGUUGAUCGAUACGCUGAGCUCACAAUCAUCUCCACUGUUCGUGAUCGGACACUGGUGGAACAUGAGUUGCUGGCAAGAGGCCGGGACCAUGAAGAGUGGAGAGAUCAAUGUCUCCAGAGAGAACUGGAAAAAAUCAAGCCUGAUCAAUUGUUCCACAGCAGUUUUUCCCGGAGUAAAUCCGGAUCUGGGAGUUCAGCAUCAGUGGCCGGAGUCGCGGGGAUUGGAAAAACAACAAUGGUGCAAAAGAUAGUUCAUGACUGGGCCACGGGUAAAAUAUACCAAAACUUCCAGUUUGUCUUCAGUUUCAAAUUCCGGGAUUUAAACACGCUUAAUGGUUCAAUAAACCUGUCCAACCUGAUAGUACUUUUCUACCCUUACUUGAGGAACGCACUGGAUUAUAUCUGGAAGAACCCAGAGAGAUUGUUGUUUAUAUUCGAUGGUUUAGAUGAAUUUAAGUGCAAGAUAGAUUUCGCUGACAAUUGCACAGAACUGCAGCACAAGUGCCCAGAUCCCGAUGUCCGUUGCAAGGUGUCUGACAUUGUAUACAGUUUAAUACAGCACAAGCUGCUCCCAGGGUGUUCAGUGCUAGUGACAACCCGCCCCACUGCGUUACAUUUAUUGAAAAAAGCAGAUAUUAGUGUCUGGGCAGAAAUCCUAGGAUUUGUUGGUGAGGAACGGAAGGAAUAUUUCAACAGGUAUUUUGAAGAUCAGACGGUGGCAGCAACUGUUUUCAAACAUGUGAAGGAGAACGAGAUCCUGUACACCAUGAGCUACAACCCCUCCUACUGCUGGAUCCUCGGCCUGACACUGGGCCCCUUCUUCACACAAACACACCGGGACCCACACCGAGUUCCCAAGACCAUCACACAACUAUAUUGCUAUUUUAUUUACAACAUCCUGAAAAACCACGGCCGUGAGAUUGAGAGCCUCCGUGAGGUGCUAUUGAGGGUUGGUCAGAUGGCCUUCCAUGGAGUGUCCGAGAAAAACAUUGUGUUCACAGAUGGAGAUUUGAUCAAAUACAAUCUGCAGCCUUCCCAGUUCCUGUCCGGGUUCCUGAUGGAACUUUUGGAGAGAGAGGAUUCAGCCCGGAGCGUGGUGUACACCUUCCCGCACCUCACCAUCCAAGAGUUUGUAGCCGCACUCGCACAAUUCCUGACUGUAGAUCCCAGGAAUAUCGUGAAACUCCUGUCUGAAGCCCACAGCACGACAGACGGGCGAUUUGAAGUAUUUCUCCGUUUUUUCGCUGGUCUCUCCUCCCCACGGUCAGCUCGGGUCCUGGAGGAGUUUCUGGGUCAAUUUCCUAAUGAAACAACCUGCCGAGUGAUUGACUGGGUGAAGGAGGAGGUUAAACGCCAGGCUGAAAACACAUGGAGUGAAGCUGAUAAACGGAGCCUCCUGAACACGAUGCACUACCUGUUUGAGUCUCAGAAUCCUGCACUGGCUCAGCAGACACUGGGAUCUGUAGAAACACUUUCAUUCCGUGGACUGGGACUGACCCCGAUUGACUGUGCGGUCCUGUCUCAUGUCAUCAGGCACUGUGAUACAAUCAAACACCUCGAUCUGAAGGACUGCCGCAUUCAGUGUGAAGGUCUCCAGCGGCUGGGACCAGCUCUGCACAAGUGUCAGGACUUGAGACUGGGAUUCAACGAUCUGGGAGAUUCCGGAGUGAAACUUGUGUCCGCGGCUCUGAGGAACCCGGACUGUAAAAUACAGGAACUUAAGCUGAACAGUGUCGGUCUCACAGAUUCUGGGGCAGAUGAUCUCGCCUCCGCUCUCAGUACAAAUCCCUCACUGACAGAGCUUUGGCUCGGUGCUAACAGUCUGGGAGAUUCCGGAGUGAAACUGGUGUCUGCGGCUCUGAGAAACCCGGACUGUAAAAUACAGAGACUGUGGUUGAACAAUGUCGGUCUCACAGAUUCUGGAGCCGAGUAUCUCGCCUGCGCUCUCAGUACAAACCCCUCACUGACGGAGCUGGAACUGACAAACAACACCCUCACAGACCGAUCUGUCCCCGCUCUCCGCCGCCUUAUACUGACCCUCCCGAGACUGGAGCGGAUCAGGCUGGGAGCGAAUAAGAUCAGUUCGACUGGGAAGAAGGAACUGAGGUCGCUGCAGGAAGCCAGGCUCGGUCUGAGAGUGGUCAUGUGA